AUGCUGAGCAGGUGGAUGAGUGGCAGCAGCAGGAACCUGGACCGCGAGUACAACUGCACCGUGCGGCUGUUGGACGACAGCGAGUACACCUGCACCAUCCAGAGAGAUGCCAAGGGUCAGUACCUGUUCGACCUUCUCUGCCACCACCUGAACCUGCUGGAGAAGGACUACUUUGGCAUCCGCUUUGUGGACCCCGACAAGCAAAGGCACUGGCUGGAAUUUACCAAGUCCGUUGUGAAGCAGAUGCGGGCCCAGCCUCCCUUCACCAUGUGCUUCCGUGUCAAGUUCUACCCCACGGAUCCUGCGGCUCUGAAGGAGGAGAUCACCAGGUACUUAGUCUUCCUGCAGAUCAAAAGGGAUCUCUACCACGGCCGUCUCCUCUGCAAGACCUCGGAUGCUGCUUUGUUGGCCGCCUAUAUCCUUCAAGCCGAGAUCGGGGACUAUGACCCAGGGAAGCACCCAGAAGGCUACAGCUCCAAGUUCCAGUUCUUCCCCAAGCACUCGGAGAAGCUGGAGAGGAAGAUCGCAGAGAUCCACAAGUCGGAGCUGAGUGGGCAGACACCGGCUACUUCAGAGCUGAAUUUCCUCCGGAAAGCCCAGACUCUGGAGACCUAUGGGGUUGACCCCCACCCUUGCAAGGAUGUGUCUGGGAACGCAGCGUUUCUGGCCUUCACCCCCUUCGGGUUUGUUGUUCUGCAGGGAAACAAGAGAGUUCACUUCAUCAAAUGGAACGAGGUGACCAAGAUGAAGUUUGAAGGGAAGACUUUCUACCUGUAUGUAAGUCAGAAAGAGGAAAAGAAGAUCGUUCUCACGUACUUUGCCCCAACCCCAGAAGCCUGCAAACACCUCUGGAAGUGUGGGAUAGAAAACCAGGCUUUCUACAAGCUGGAGAAGUCGAGCCAGGUCCGGACUGUGUCCAGCAGCAACUUGUUCUUCAAGGGAAGCCGGUUCCGAUACAGUGGCCGCGUCGCGAAGGAGGUGAUGGAGUCCAGUGCCAAGAUCAAGAGGGAGCCCCCUGAGAUUCACCGGGCAGGGCUGGUGCCGAGCAGGAGCUGCCCCUCCAUCACCCAUGGCCCCCGGCUGAGCAGCGUGCCCCGCACCCGCAGGAGAGCCGUGCACAUCUCCAUCAUGGAAGGCCUGGAGUCCCUUCGGGACAGCGCCCACUCCACCCCGGUGCGCUCAUCCUCCCAUGGCGAUGCCUUCGCAGCCCCGGCACGCGGCGGCCGUGCCGACAGCAGCGAGCGCGUGGCCGUCAUCGCGGAUGAGAACUACAGCCCCGCGGACAGCGUGCUGCCCACACCGGUGGCCGAGCACAGCCUGGAGCUCAUGCUGCUGUCGCGCCAGGCCAACGGUGCCCCCUGCUCCAUCGAGGAGGAGAAGGAGUCGGAGGCCGGCACGCCGGCGGCGGAGGAGGCGGGCGAGCUGCGGGCGCUGUGCCCCGGCACCGGCGGGCUGGGUCCGGCACAAGCCGAGCAGGUGAAUAAGUUUGUUCUAAGUGUCCUCCGUUUGCUCCUUGUGACUGUUGGACUCCUCUUUGUCUUGCUCCUCCUCCUCAUCGUCCUUACCGAGUCCGACCUUGACACUGCCUUUUUCCGCGAUAUCCGCCAGACCCCCGAGUUCGAGCAGUUCCAUUACCAAUACUUUUGUCCCCUCAGGCGAUGGUUUGCCUGCAAAGUCCGCGCCGUGGUAAGCCUGCUCAUUGACACCUGAAGGCAGGAGCCGGGGGCCUGGGCAGAGACCUUCGGCACACGCUCAUAACCCUCCCUUCCCGACCCAGAGCGCACCGGGAGGAAGAGGAGGGUUGGGUGCAGCCCCCGGAGCCUCCUUCCCCCUG